CUGACAACAAAUGAGCACCCUAACCGGCUGGAAUCACUUAUAAGAAAAUUCGGCCAUAGACAACCACCUCGAGAGCCUCACUUGAAGUGGAUUCCUAAGCACGCGUUCGACUGUAUUUCCAUCUCAGAGCUACGAAAUCGUUGAAUCAAUCAGUACUUCAAAGCCAUGGGACAAGUUCUAGAAAAAUUCCAAGGCAAGGAAUGGAAACAAAGACAAAUUCGAAAGAUAACAGACAAGGUUUUUGAUCGUUUCAAGAAUGAAACAGAAAGAGUUAAUUUGACAUUUGAAGAUCUAUACAUUGCCGUGCUACUUGUGUACAACGAUAUCAACAAGCGUUUGCCUGGGCCUCAUUUUGAUCCACCCUCCAAGGAGCAAGUCAAAACCAUGAUAUCGGAUUGUGAUCUCAACCUUGAUGGAGAACUGGAUCGUGAAGAAUUUGUGAAGUUUAUUCAACAGUUAACAACCGAUACAUUCAUUCAUGUUAGUCAUGGAUUGAUUGUUACUUUGGCUGUAGCACCAACAGUUGCUCUACUCACAAAGAAGACGACAGAGGGUGUCCCAGGCGUUGGGAAGGUGGUGCAAAAGUUACCCAAUUCGGUUUAUGCAUCCCUUGUGACCCUUGCAAUUGUGCUGUUCCAGAAGUCAGGUAAGGGGAUUGAGUAGAAGCAUUGUUUCCUUCCACAUGGGGUCCCUCCAUAUUGUACACAAGAUAGCUGAUGAUAUAUUGCAAGCUAGCAACUCCAAUUUGUGACAUAGUUAUUUGACACUAAUAUUGAAUAAAGCAUUAAGUACACUGUAUGGAGAUACAUGUCCAUGUAAUAUGUGAUUUAUUCAUUCUGUUCAUGCUAUAGAAAUGGGGCUUGGGAACAGUGGUGGGGAUGGCUUAUAUAUGUAGGAUUGCAUGCAUGGUUGCUUAGAGUCCAUAUUGUUGGUUUUUUUUUAUGGAGUCUAGUUUGUAUAUGUGAUCCGGAUGAUGACCCGACCC